CUUGAAAAUAGUUUUCCGCACUUAAAUCAGUUAAUCAUGACAGGCACAACAGAAGAAAAUCAACCCAAAGUUCAAGAAUCAGAGCCUCAAGCACCCUCUAUUCCUACAUCUUCUUCUUCUGAUGAGAAAGAGAAACAACCAGAAAUGGAUCAACAAAAAUGGGGCACACACAUAAUGGGUCCACCAGCAGUUCCAACAAGUCAUCCAGAUAAUCAGAAAGCUGCUGCGUUAUGGAGAGCUGCAGACCAAAAAGAAGAGUUUCACCCACAGCCUUACGUUGUUUAUACUCCAGUUGAUCAUAGGCCUACUAAUAAUCCACUUGAAUCUGUUGUUAAUAUGUUUAAUUCUUGGAGUAAUCGAGCUGAGACCAUCGCCCGCAACAUCUGGCAUAAUCUGAGAACUGGACCAUCAGUGACAGAAGCAGCGUGGGGAAAGCUUAAUUUGACAGCCAAGGCCUUAACAGAAGGCGGAUUCGAGCCGCUUUACAAGCAGAUUUUCUCUACGGACCCUAAUGAGCAGCUGAAGAAGACAUUUGCUUGUUAUCUUUCAACAACUACUGGUCCUGUUGCUGGAACACUCUAUUUGUCAUCUACUAAGGUUGCUUUUUGCAGUGAUCGACCUUUAUCCUUCAAAGCUCCAUCAGGUCAGGAGGCUUGGAGCUACUACAAGGUAGCAAUACCAUUGACAAACAUUGGGACUAUGAACCCAAUAGUGAUGAGAGAGAAUCCACCAGAGAGGUACAUUCAGAUUGUUACAAUCGAUGGUCAUGACUUCUGGUUCAUGGGGUUUGUCAAUUUUGAGAAAGCAACACAUCAUCUCCUUGACGCCUUGUCUAAUUUUAAGGCCCAACCUCCUCAUGUUGGGGAAGUGCCACAACCAGCUAGUAACUAGGAAAAAAUGGCUGUGUCAUAGCUUAUUGGGCUGUACACUGCUUUACUUUUUCUAUUUUCUUUGUUUGUUCCUGCAUUAGAUAUAUGUAUUCUCUGUAUGUAUUUUUAUUGCAACAUUAUUUGUAUUAUACACACUGCUUUAGUUUUUAUUUUCUCUGUUUAUGAGAUUGACAUAUAUACUGUGUGUAUUUUUAUUGUAACAUUUUUGUAUUAUACUCGUGUGUAUUUUUAUUGUAACAUUAUUUAUAUUGUA